UCUCAACAAUUUCUUGUACAUAAAAAUUAAAUGAAUACAGAUUUCAAUUUCAACAGUACUUGUACUUCUCCUUAUAUAAGUGCACCUUCAAGUCCUCAACAUUUUGGUACGAUGUUUUUUUAUAGUGCCCCUACUAGCCCUACUCGUAUCUCCGCACUUAACGGAGAAACUAACGUUAGUCAUGACGAAUAUGAUGAUACAAAUGAAUUCGCUUUUGAAUUUAGAGGACAUGAAAUAAUGGAGAAAACUACAAUAGCAGCUGACGAGUUAUUUGAUGGUGGAAAAAUCAAGUUAAAGCCAGUAGUAUCUUUUGAUGAGUCAUCGAAAUUCAAACAAAAGAAGAAAGAUAUUGAAACAACAAUAUCAGAAGAAAAUUACGAUAAAAACUCUAAAUUAAAUCCUUCUGCAGGUUCGAGUAGGCACAAAGCAACGCGAUCGUUAUCUCCUAUGAGAGUAUCGGAUCUUCUGUUGAUCAAUGAAAAUGAUGAAAAUAGUAUUGAUUCGGAAAAAACAGAGUCCUCUGUUUCAUCGUUGAUAUCGUUAUGGAACAGAAGAUGGAAAUUGAAAGACUUGUUGUUGUUCAGAAGUGCUUCUGAGAGUCGAGCUAGUAGUAAUACGGAAGAGUUAAAUAAGUACGCGAUGGUGAAGAAAGCACGUCAAGAAGACGUGAAGAAGGAGGGAUUGAGCUCAAGGAGGAAGAAGAUGGGUACGAAUUCGGCUCAUGAAUUGCAUUAUAAGAUGAAGAGGGAGGUGUUGAAAGAUAUGAAGAAGAAAACAUUCUUACCAUAUAAGCAAACUGUACUUGGUUGGCAUGGUUGUUAUGGCCUUGAUGAUACAAUUUCAGUGUACAUAAAUCCUCGUCAGUAGUUUUAAUCUGAUUAUUUCCAAUAUGUGUAAUUAUUUAUUUGUUUGAUAUAUACAUUUCCCUUGUUACUUGAUGAGAUUAAUUUCUAAAGUUGUUGAAUUCAUUUGGG